AUGUCGUUGUGGCGAACUGGUGUAGAAUGGGGUUGGGCACGGGAAGGAAUUAGUGGGUUAAGAGUUUCUGGCAAUGAUGUUAUCUUUCGUUACCACUAUAAUUCGGGCACGGUAGUCGUGCGCAGUGAACGUGAACUGGAAGUUGGUAUGGUGCAUUUUUGGGAAAUGCGCAUCCUAACGCCACUGGAGGGUUCCGAUGUGAUAUUCGGUAUUGGCACCGACAAAAUUAACCUCAAUCAAUUCCCGCGCGGGCACGUUUCACCGCUUGGUCUUAAUGCCGAAUCGUGGGGCCUAUCAUUCUAUGGCGGAAAACAACAUAAUGGCCUACGAGCAGCCUAUAGCCCGAUGUUCUCUCAGGGUUGUGUUGUGGGCAUUUGUUUGGAUAGGUCUCGCGGCACUUUGGAGUUUUACCUAAAUCGUCGUUCACUUGGUGUGGCUUAUAGGAAUAUUCCAUGUGAUCCACAAGUGAAACUCUACGCAAUGGUAAGCUCCACGUCCGCUAGAUCAGCUAUUCGUCUAAUGAACUCUACGUCACAAAAGGAUUGCCUGCAAUUACGCACUGUCCAAGCGCUUUCAAAGCGGCCGAAAGAUCUGAAGCUGCUACGUAAGAUACCCGGUUAUAAAAUUUUAUUAAGAACAUAUUGGUUCCUCCUAAUGCCACCAGCGUACAAGCCUAUCGAAUUGCAACUAAUCUAUAAUACGUGGCUGGCUAAUUUAAGGAAUAUAAUUAAUGGAUUGUACGAUUGGACCUACUAA